AUGGAGAACCUCUACCACCUCGCCUUUCUGAUACUUCUGUUCAUCUUUGCUCACCACUUAUUCCGUCCCCCCUCUUUGUCGCUUUCCCUUUCAGGGGUCUCCGUCUCCACGGCGACCCGUUACCCCACCCCGGCCGAGCUUGACGCCUUCGCCCAGAGGACGGCCAGCAGCCCGCUGUCCAUCACCAUCUUCCCCAACAACGUGCGGGUGCCCCAGCACAAGCAGCUCAACCGCACCGUCAACGGCCUGGACACCACGGGCCAGCGCUUCAGCCCCUACUCCCACCCCCCCUCGCUGGGGUCCCGCGGCCUCCUGGCCGUGGUCAAGGGCUCCGCCAUCUUGGUCAAGGCAGUGGUGAAAAACUCAGACGGCAGGAGGACUAAACACGCCCCUCCACCUCAGACGCCGCCAUUCGGCGGCCCCCCGGACGGUGGCGGCGUCUGCUACGCCCCCGACGGACAGCCGCACAAGGCCUACUGCCACGGCGGCGCCGGCACAUCCCGGGUCUUGGCGCCCGACGGCCCGUCCUCCGGCGCAGCGGCGGCGACCGCCAGAGGCCAGGCCCCGCCCCCUCCUCACGACAGGUCCCGGCUGAGCGAGGUGCGCGGCGCCCUGAUGCGGCGCGUGAAUGUCGCCGCCGCCGCCGCCGCCGGCCAGGCGCCCCCGCCGUGGGGGGGCGGGGCCCGGGUCAGCCCGUCCCACCAGGCGGUGGCGGCGGUGGCCCGCUCCGACUCCGGCUUCGUGCUGGGGGUGGUGGCCCCGCCCCAGAGCGGCCUGGCCUUCUCCGGAGCCGUGCUGCCCACCCAGAGCGCGGACAUGGCCAAGGGCGGGUACCUGGAGGGCGGGGACUACGGCGUCUGGCAGCACAAACACCCAAACCACCACCACCACCACCACCACCACCACCACCACCACCAACAACAACAACAACAACAACAACAACAACAACAUCAUCACUUACAGCAGCAGUACCAGCAGGGGUCCUUGGGGAUGUUCAGCAGUACUCCGGGCGGCCGGGGAGCAGAGAGCAUGGUGGUGGGCCAGUCCCCGCAGUCCUCCCUCCCGCCGGGCUGCUCCGCCCGGCCUCCCUGCGGGCCCCACCCGCUCAGCGCGGGCACCGGAGGGGCGGCGCCGGAGCAGAUCAGCUCCUGCGCCGCCGACUUCUCCCUGGGGCCUCGGUACCACGCCCCGUCCUGGGACGGCGGCCUGGCGGCGGCCGCGCCCCUCACCGACUGUUACGCUCAGGAGCUGGCCCCGCCGAGGGACACGGGUCACCCCCGCCCACACGACUGCCUCGAUCCCCACCCCCACCACCACCACCCCCCCUCCCAUCGUCCACAGCCGCCCCAGUGUCAUCCGUCGACGACCGCCCAGCAGGCCUACAGCGCGGAGCAGGGGGUGUGCUGUGGCGGCGGCGGCAUGGGGCCCCACGGUGGGGGUCCGGGCUUGGGCCCCGGCCUGUGCCACGCCUCGGUGCUCAGCAGUAGCCUGCAGUCGCUGGAGUGCCUGAUCAGCGAGAUCCACCCGCCCUGCAUCAAGGAGCGCAUGCUGGGCCGCGGCUAUGAGGCCCUGGGGCUGGCCAGACUACUGGAGCAACACCACCACCCCCACCUCCACCCCCACCUGCACCCACACCACCAACUCCCCCACCCCAACAUCCAGCUCCCUGUCUACAGGUGAAGAGAAAAUCAAGCAAACCUGAAAAAGGUUCACAGACAUACAGACACACACACACACACACACACACACACACAUACACAUACACACACACGCACGCACGCACGCACGCACGCGCACACACACACACACACACACACACACACACACACACACACACACACACACACACACACACACCUCUGUGUGUGGGUGGAGAAGUCCCUUGUGUUGACAGCAGUGCAUCGGUUCAAACAAGAAGAUGAUAUACGAGACAUGCCUUCUUUUAGUCAGUGCAUGCAUUUGUAGAAAGGUUAACAAGUUCAGCCAGAAGGGACUGCAUUAAUAUGUUUAACACUCAUAUUUUUUCUUCAACUCAUCACACAAUACCAAUGCCGUGCAUCAUGUUAUGAUCAGUCAUUACUUUGGGAUUUGCAGGCCAUUUAUGACGAUAUGUUGUAACAACAUGUUUCGUUCUGGACAAACAAGACACCAGGUGUGAUUGGUCAGAGUCAGCAUCCAUUACGUCACUACGUUCAAUGUUCUCCAACUUGCAGAAGUGUAAGCGGUAACGUGGCUCUUGUAAAACAAUGAUAUGGAUACAUUGAAAUAGUUCACAUACAUGUGAAUAUAUCGUGUAUUUUCUACAUCCCAUAUUUUGCUGCUGUUCAUUGGGGACACGUUUUUAAUUGUUUUGCUGCUUUAUUGUUGUGUAACCAUUUAUUUACUUUAAUGAUUGUUGAUUCCUGUGCUGCCGAGCGUUGGCUGUACCCCCGAUCACAUAGGCUAGUUUUACUGUGUGUGUGUGUGUGUGUGUGUGUGUGUGUGUGUGUGUGUGUGUGUGUGUGUGUGUGUGUGUGUGUGUGUGUGUGUGUGUGUGUGUGUGUGUGUGUGUUACACUUGCUGCUCUCUCGGUUGAAGUUGCAUUUAAAUUAUUUUGUGGAAAUGUGAAUAACCCUGGUGUGUGUACUCUGAGUAACGUCAUGUCAUUUCUGUAGCCAAUUGGACUUGAUGAAACAGUGUGUGUGUUGGGGGGGGGGGGUCUAUAUUAAAUCAAUACAAGAAUUCCACUGUUUCAAUAAUGUCAUAUUCAAAUCAAGACUGGUACAUAGGAUCUGAUGAAUGUGCCAUUCGUUGCAUUUCAGGGCCACGUUUAAGACCCAAGGCCUGGCUGUUCAGUAUGUCAAAGAGUAUUUUAUAUUUCUUUCUUUUUUUGUUAUUAUUAUUAUUAUUAUUAUGAGUAGUGGUAGUAAAUGAAUGUGACUGGAAAGUGGAAAGCACUGUUAUAAACAACACAACCGGGUCUGCUAGAGAUUUACACUGGAGAAAACACAGACCAUCUCAAUCAUUCAUAGAGAACCUCUUGGUAGGGCUAUAUACUGUUGGUGAUGGUGUGAGUCGUAUGACUGUGUGUGUGUGUCUCUGUCCGUCUGUACUGGCUACAUUAGUACUAUUUAUUUUCAACAGCCAGUUACAUGACAAACUGUCUUCAUGAUUAUAAAGUGCAAUUAUAAUAUAUCAACAUGUGAACCCUCUACAUAGGAGUAUGUUGUUGAAAUGAACUACGUUUGCAAUGUAAGACCCUAAUCUCUUACCCAGUUUGCCUAUUCUUGAAUAAGAUUGUCAAAUAAAUCAAUUUUUAUAAA